UGUACCACUGCUUCACCACCCUUUGAGUAAAAAAUUUCCCCCUAACAUCUAAUAUAAAUCACCCUUCUUUUAGUCUAUAAGUGAAUAGCGUUCCAGUUCCUUUGUUAUUUUUUCACUGCUCUUUAAGAAGUUGAAGACACCUAUUGUUUACACACGUGUAAUUGAGAGAUUUGUAUUUAGAAAUUUGAUAUCUAAUCUCAGAUUAGAGGGCAAUUAAAAUGCAAAAAUUAAGUUUGUAGACAAUUAGUCUCAGUCAAUGAAGUCUCAUGUAAUGAAACAAAAUGCAGAUGGUAUUUUGCAUGCCUGAUAAAUUACAGACACGAUCACACAAUCCUGAGAAGUAACGUUCACAGAGAUGCAUGCACUAGAUAGCUAUAGUGGUGUGCAAAUGACAUCGGUUUUCAAAAAUGGUGGAAAGGUUUAGUGAUUCCAGGUUUCAGCUACCCUUCCCAAACACCUCUUCUGCUCUAAUCCCAACUCCUUGGCAUGGCCUACAACGUAUGCAGUAUCGCCUUCCCUACACCAGCUGGACAGGAAAGAGUUCUCAAAGCAAAAACCUCAUAGAAAGUUUGGCUUUGAUUGUAUUGGCGCUGAGAGAGUGGUUUGGAGCAGAUGAUAAAAUUGCCAUUGUUGCAAACAUUGUUAUUCAUACAAAAGAACUAUUAAUUGCCAUUGACCUGUAUUUGAGACCUUUAUUUAUGUUCACGUAGGAGCGAAAGUCAAGGCAUAUAGCUUGACUUUUUCAGGAAUUUCACAACAAGAAUGAAAUGUCACACUUGCCUUGAAAAUCACCACAGCUGACGUUUGGAAAGCUUAAAAAAAAAAAAAAAUGUAAUGGCUUUCUUCCAAAUGGUAACAUCAUACAUAAUGCACAUGGCUAACAAAAGACUCAGACAGCGCUCAGUCUCACUCACCGAUGAGUCUGAAUUCUCUCCCUAAUCACUGUUGUACUGCUGUUUGUCAGUUCUUCCUGGAUUUGAAACUUUUUUCACCUAAACUGCCACGAAGAAAGAGAAUAAGAAUCCUAAAAAAAUGACUGAAAGUCCCCUACUGAGCAUUCCCUUCUCAAACCAGAGCGAAAACAAGAGCAACUCAACUGUUUGCCCAGACUUGGAUAACUGGUGGGAAAUCGUGUACUACUUAGUACCCAAGUGUAUCGACACCAUCUGUGUUAUUGGAAUGCUUGGAAAUUUAUUUGUUCUCUUCGUUUACUCACUGUACAAGGGCCCUCUGAAGAUAUCUGAAAUUUACCUUGUGAACCUAGCUGUUGCUGAUCUUAUUUUCCUCAUAUGUCUCCCUUUCUGGGCAGAGAAUGUACGGAAUAAGUAUAAUUGGCCAUUUGGAAAUUUUCUUUGUCGUAGUGCCAGUGCAUCCAUCCACCUAAACAUGUACACUAGCAUCUACUUGCUAGUAGCAGUCAGCUUGGAUCGCUAUUUGACUUUUGUUCAUACCUUGACACACAGAAGAAUACGCAGCAAAACUAUAGCCAAAGGGAUCUGUUUGCUCACCUGGACCUUUGGGAUCCUUCUCAGUAUCCCAACCUUUAUGUUUCGGACUGUGAAACACUUUCCUGAGUGGAAUAUCUCUGCAUGUGUUUUAGACUUCCCCACCCCAUCCUGGCAAAAAGCUGAUCGUUUGGUAUUCAGCAUAGUGGGGUUUGCAUUGCCAUCAACAGCAAUCGUCUUCCUCAAUUUCUGUACCAUUCGCUCCCUACAAGAACACAAAAGAGAACUAAAAGCAUUCAGGACAAAGUGUUGCCAGGACCACAGAGACACAAAGGCCACAAAGUUGAUCUUCUUAGUAGUACUGAUGUUUCUUUUGUGCUGGACUCCUUACCAUCUUGUUAUAUUCUUUGAUAUAUUAUUCCAGAUGGAAGUGAUACAAGGCUGUUUCUGGGAGGAUUUUCUCAACUUUGGUGAGCAGUUUAGUUCUACUUUGGCUCUCACAAACAGCUGUAUUAACCCAAUAGUUUAUGUAUUUGCUGGGAAAUAUUUCAGGCAAAAAGCUUUAAAAGUUUUUUCACAGUUUUUCUGCUGUGGGUAUUUUUUGAACCAGGUAUCAUUCCAAGAAAAGUCUUCAUAUUUCAAGUUGUUUCCAGUCAAGACUAGUUCAACUUCAUGAUUCUCGGUUCCAUCUUAAUUUUGAUAUUACAAUUUACAAUAUUUAAUAAAUUAAAUAAAUAAAAUAAAAUAAAUAAAAUAAAAUUUACAAUAUUACAAUUGCAUUAAAAAUGAACAGGAAUCACACUGUUCUAGCAUUCUCAGACUAAGUUAAUUAUUUAUUAAGUUACAUCACUUCGCUGCUUAUUUGUCCCUGGGUUUGCUUUUCCUUUUCUGUGUUACCAUCCAAACAUAUAACAUGCAACACCAGAGUUUUAUACCAAAUGAUAUAACUUGUCUCAUCAAUUAUCAGUGCUUGGAAAGAAAAGUUAUUUGACAAAGCAUCAGAAGUCUGGUUUCUCUAAAGUAUGGUAUAAACUGAUUGAAAAUUUAUUAUACUGUAUCUGUGGUAACAAAUAUAAUAUCACCAGGAACACUAUGCAAAGAAUUAUAACAUAUUACAGAGCAAUUAUGAGCUUAACUUUCAGCUCAUAGCUGCAUUUUAGGAAUGGCAAAACAGAUUCAGUAUUUUAAAUGGGUUGUAUUUUCAGUGUAGCACAUAGAAAAUUUGAAGAACUGUUCAUUUAAAAUGUAUUUGUUGCAUAAAUAUUGUAUGUAAAAUGUGCCACAAAGGAAAUGUACAUGAAUUGUAAUAAAAAUCCAGUAUCAUCCUGAAAA